UGCAUUCUCUCUUGCAAAUAUUGUUCCAGAUUUGCAGGCCUUUGCAAUUGCAGUUGGAGCUAGCGCAAAGAUUCUUGAAACUAUUGAUCUUGUUCUACCAAUCGAUUCUGUCUCACCAACUGGUGAAAUUCCUGAUCAUGUUGAAGGCCAUUUUCAGUUUAAAAAUGUUUUAUUUAGCUACCCUUCUAGAUCUAAUGUUAAAGUUUUAGAUAAUAUCUCAUUGUACAUUGAACCUGGGACAUCUGUUGCUAUUAUUAGUACUUCUGAUUCAGAAAAGAUUAAUAAUGUUGCACAUGGAUUAAUUAGCUCAACAUAUGAAGACUUGUCUGUCGAGGAAAAAUAUAAAAUGAUUAAAAAUAUCUGUGAAAUAUCUAAUACUAACAAAUUUAUUGUAAGACUUCCUAAUUACUAUGCUAUUGUAAGAGACCUAAAAAUACUAUUUUUAGAUGAAGCUACCAGUGCUCUUGACUCUCAAAGUGAAAAAAUUGUUUAUGACACGUUGAAUAAAGUCUCUAAAAAUAGAACUAUGAGUUAA